GUGAGCUCGCGGAAAAACUGCUCAUUUUCGCUCAGAUCCAGGCGGACGGACGGAACGGACAUGUCGGCCACUUCGCGCGCGCAGCUGUGCUUCCUCCUGUUGAGCGUCACGGCUCUCCGGGGACACGCGCGCUUUCUGGACAUACAGGAUAACGAGAUCAGCCCGGAAGGAUUAUUAUCUCUGCUGAGCUCUGAACUAAAGCGAGAGUUACCAGAGGAGUUUGUGUACCGCCGAGCGCUCAGGUGUCUGGAUAUGGUGGCCGUAGAGGGUCAGUUUACAUUCACAGCAGAGCGACCACAGUUAAACUGCGCAGUGUUUUUCAUCGGCGAACCUACUGACGUUAUUAGCAUCGAGUAUGAUUCGGUCAACAUCGACUGCAGAGGAGGAGAUUUCAUAAAGGUAUUUGAUGGCUGGGUGAUGAAGGGCGAGAAGUUCCCCAGCUCGCAGGAUCAUCCUCUCCCUCUGUACGAGCGUUACACUGAUUACUGCGAAACUGGAGUGUCUCGACCAAUCGUACGCUCCUCUCAGAACGUCGCCAUGCUGUUCUUCAGGCUCCACCAAUCAGGAAGCAGCUUCACAGUGACAUUCCGCAAACUCAUCAAUCCCUUCCCCUGUAAUGUUGUGUCUCAGACCCCAGAGGGCAGUUUCACCAUGAUCAUUCCUCAGCAGCACAGGAACUGCAGCUUCUCCAUCAUCUAUCCAGUGGAGAUCCAGAUUGGAGAGCUCAGUCUCGGACAGCACAAUGAUCUCAAGCGGUCCAUUCUCGGCUGCGCUGGUUCUGGAGACUUUGUUGAGCUUCUUGGUGGCAACGGCAUGGACACGUCUAAGAUGUUCCCAAUGGCAGAUCUCUGCUACUCCUUUAAUGGACCAGCUCAAAUGAAGGUCGGCUGUGAUAACACUGUGGUCAGAAUGGUGUCGAGCGGGAAGUUCGUAAAUCGAGUCAGUUUCCAGUAUCGGCUACUGGGCCACCAAGAGCUUCAGCAGAUGAAGGGAAACAGUGUUGAAGACGUGUGUUUAAGAGCAUAAGAUCUCUCCAUUUCCCUGCUCUUGUUAGGAGGGAUGCCAAUCUAACUUGAGUUGGAGCCUUUGGGCACUUAUUGUAUAUUUUCCUUAUAAAAAAUUAUUUAUUUUUGGCCUCAUCUUUUGGUUUGACUCUUCUGUUCUUUUUAAUAUCAUUGACUUGUAAGAUCUGUGGCUGAUGUUAAAUAAAAGAUGUACUUGUGUUGGUGCACAUCACUGUUUUUAAUUUUUUUGGUUCAGCAUGUUUCAUUUUGAAGAGCCCAAGUUAGAAAUGAGGGGUACUGCACAAGUAUUAAAAUCCAGUAUGUACGGAAAAUGUAAUUGUCUUUAUUUAUUAAUCUGUAUUAAAGAUCUUUUUUAAUAAAAUCAGUCAACAUGAGCAAAGUGAA